AUGCCAACGCCAACUGAGGUAGCGUACAAGUUUGCACCUGCAUUUUUCGAGGAGCUUGCUACGGCUCCUGAAAAUCUUGCGGGUAUGUAUGGUUCAGAGUCAGCACUUAUGCUCGUAGACUUUGAGUGUGGAACAAAGAAGGUAUACGGUGCGGACAUUGCUCCUGCUCUCGUGCAGUGGGCAAACAUAAUCCAAAACUGCCAACUGACGGUAGGGGACGUCUCCGUCUUACCGUUUCACAGCGGUGUAUGUAUCCACUUGACGCUGGUUGCGGAAUCAGCUUCCGUCCGUCACUUCUUCCAGUUUGUGACUAACCUGGAGGAGUACCCCGCCGGAGACUAUGGACCAUCGUCCUUCUACAUUCGCAAUCAGAUCGUCACCCGGACUGGUGCUGUGGAGAAGGAGCCGAGCUGCGCAGAGGGAAAGAAUGAGCCUGAGGGUAAGGUAGAGGAGGAGGAACCGCUGCCGGAGCCAGAGACAACUGGAACCCCUGUUGAGGAGAAGAAGGAGGACAGUCGGCGUGCCCCAAAUAAGAAACCUGAUGGAAAAGGCCGUGUUUCUCCUUCAACCGCCGCUCCGGCGGUGACGGAGGCAGCUGUGGACGCACCAACGGGACCCAAGACAUGGGCCAGCCUCGCGAGCAUCGCGACAAAGGGGGAACAGAGGCCCUCCAUCAAGGUGGUUGCCAAUGAGAGUACUGCAAACAAGGUGGCUCCCAAGCCCGCUUCACCCCCCACGAAGCAGGCCCCUCAGUCCGACUCGCGGAAGCAAGUUUCCCCAAAGCGUGCCGCAAAGGCUCCGCGUGCUCCUUCGGAGCCCGUUGGGGAACGGCUGAUGUUCAGUAUCGAUCACGCAGUCACCGAUGAGGAAAUUCUCACCGCACUCGGCCCUCUUGCUGCACGCAUUGUGUCGCUCCGUAACAACUCCGCCAAGGGGUACGUGUUCUUCGACUUUUCGCCCGGUGAAGACAGCGUGAUGGACUCCAUCAAAGCGGCCCCGUUUGUUGUCGGUGCUAGUCAAACGACCGUUAACGUUUUCCGUCAGAAGCAGCGCAGCUGA